AUGUCGUGUCCAGCAGGAAAGCAGAUCUAUCAACUGAAUCAGAGUUCUACUAACAUAUAUUGCACCAACGUUCCCAUCGAUUGGGUUGAAGCGGAUCUGCGUCGCCAUUUUCAACCGUAUCAAGUUGUCUCCGAGAAAAUCAGCCGCGAUGAGAAAACCGGCGUCAGUAAGGAGGUUGGAUUUGCGAGGUUCGAGUCUCGCGAAAUUGCGGAAAAAGUAUUAUCUGAGUUCCACAACGUCACAGCUAAAGAUGGGGUUAAGCUUCUCCUCCGCUUUGCAGACACGAAAGCGCAGAAACAGCUGAAAUUGCAGAGUAACGAACGUCGUGCGUAUCGUGCUGGUGAAUACAACUAUUCAGUCGAAUUGGUCAAUGGCUCUACCCCGUCGCCAACUCUUCAGCGUUUGCAACAGACAGCUUCCCACUUUAGUCCAAACUCACAGGCUAGCUUCCUUCUCCAUUGGGGCCUGGCCCUGUCUGGACGCCGGCAACGUCAAUAUCCCCACCUCUUCGUCUUAACUCCUGGGGAGCACGUAGUAAUGGAAAUGUGGAGAACACCCCGACCUUCCGCGGUCGCCCAGGUCUCAAUACUCAAGCUCUUCGCUCCUUCACCUGUUAUCCCCGAUGCACGUCCCCAACAGUUCAGCGUGCAUAUUUUGUCUCUGGCCAUUGCCGUGACGUUUGAAUGUUAUAUUGAAAGUUUUGAACGGAGAUUUUGUUACAAUAUGCGAAUUAUCACCUAUAUGCGUCGAAGGUCGGCACAGGCAGCAGUCGAACAUGGUGCCGGGAAGCUGGUCGGUGGUACCAAUGCUUCGGGCCGAGCCGAUACCUACGCUUUCCGGGACCUGCUGGCCAUGUUAUAUCCCCACCUGAAGCUGCUAGACCAGGAGAAUCCCUCAGCGGAUGAUCGAGAAUACCAAGAAAAGCACACAAAGCUGAAGAACUGA